AUGGCCAUCUCAAGAAAUCUUCCCUUCUCCUUCCUCCUUUUGUAUAGUGUACUCCUCUUCACUACCUUAGCCCAUGCAGCCACAUUUGAGGUCCUAAACCAAUGCUCCUACACGGUCUGGGCCGCUGCUUCACCGGGUGGUGGCCAGCAACUCGACCCUGGCCAAUCAUGGACCCUCGAUGUGCCUGCUGGCACGACAGGCGGCCGGAUUUGGGGUCGUACCAGCUGCAACUUCGAUGCAAAUGGCCAGGGGAGUUGCCUGUCAGGUGACUGUGGGCAGCUACAGUGCCAAGGCUAUGGUUCACCACCCAAUACCUUAGCUGAAUUCGGAUUAAACCAAUAUCAAAACUUGGAUUUCUUUGAUAUAUCUCUCGUUGAUGGAUUUAACAUCCCAAUGGAUUUUAGCCCAACCUCAGGCAAUUGCAAUGGAAUCAGAUGCUCGGCCGACAUCAAUGGUCAAUGUCCUCAAGAAUUGAAGGCCCCUGGAGGAUGCAACAACCCGUGCACCGUGUAUAAGACAGAUGAAUACUGUUGUAACUCGGGGAGCUGUGGUCCGACCACUUACUCCCAGUUCUUCAAGGAUAGGUGCCCAGAUGCAUAUAGUUACCCCAAGGAUGAUGCAACAAGCACAUUCACAUGUCCUGGUGGUACUAACUACAGGGUUACCUUCUCCCAUGCAGCCACCUUUGAGGUCCUAAACCAAUGCUCCUACACAGUCUGGGCUGCAGCUUCACCAGGUGGUGGCCAGCAACUCACCACUGGCCAAUCAUGGACCGUCAAUGUGCCUGCUGGCACAACCGGAGGUCGGAUUUGGGGUCGUACCGGUUGCAACUUUGAUGGAAAUGGUCAAGGGAGUUGCCAGUCAGGUGACUGUGGGAAACUACAGUGCUCAGGCUAUGGUUCACCACCCAACACCCUAGCCGAAUUCGGGUUAAACCAAUACCAAAACUUGGAUUUCUUUGAUAUCUCUCUUGUCGAUGGAUUUAACAUCCCAAUGGAUUUUAGCCCAACCUCAGGCAAUUGCAAAGGGAUCCGAUGCUCGGCUGACAUUAAUGGGCAAUGUCCUCAAGAAUUGAAGGCCCCUGGAGGAUGCAACAACCCGUGUACCGUGUAUAAGACCGACGAAUACUGUUGUAACUCAGGGAGCUGUGGUCCAACCACUUACUCCAAGUUCUUCAAGGAUAGGUGCCCAAAUGCAUAUAGUUACCCCAAGGAUGAUGCAACAAGCACAUUUACCUGCCCUGGUGGUACUAACUACAAGGUUACCUUCUGCCCCUCAUAAGCCUUUGAAUCACAGUGUACUCCUAAAUAGUUAAAAAAAUAAAGUUGUGGACAUGAUGCCAUGAGAAUAUUGAUGCUUAUGCUAAAUUAAUUAGCUCAAUACAUAUCCAAUAAAGCACAGUUCCGAGCAAA